CCGCGGCCCUGCUUCCCUCCACGGCCGGCCUGUGGGCGCGAUGAGCUGUGCUGCGCACAAGUGUCCCCCCCACGGUGGCAUCUCCCAACUCGGGACGCUGAACCAGUCCUCCAGAGCCAGUUUUUGUUGGACUUCGAUGUUUGAGCUUUUCCCGGGACGGGAGUCGGUGUUAGGCACAUUUGUCUACAGCUGCAGGCACCGUGCGGCCAGGGCAGGUGGUGGUUAGUGCAGUGGGGGAACCGCACCCCAGCAUCCAGACAGCACCCACCCUAAGGCGACAAGGCCCGACAGAGGCGCGGCCCGCGCUUGCCUUGCCUUCACCGAGAGCGGUGCUGCGGGGUAGCCUGGCGCCCUUGGCCGCCCACUCUCCAGGAGGCUAGGGGCAUCCUGGCACAUCUUUGGGCGACUUUGGGCCUUUGAUCGGGAAACCUGUCACUUCACAAAUGCAAAGCUAAGUAAGAGACAGUAGCKGAGGAAAGGAUGGAACCGAAAGCCAUGCCUCAUCUGGUCUACUGUUUGGAGAGACUUAUACAAAAACGCAGUCCCCCCCCCGCCCCCAUCCCUUUGGAAAGAGGACAGGGCGGUCGAAAUUGUAAAACCCAUUAGUGUCCCGCGGGGUAGGAAAGCCAGGCGCUGAAACGCGGGCCUGGAAAGGUCGCUGGAGCUGCGGGACGCUGAGCACGUGACCCCUAGUCACGAGAGGGACGUUUUCCCGGGUUCGCUUUCCCGAGUGAAAGUUCAACACCCCGUAACUGGAAGGCGGCGGUGGAGGGGCGUUGCCUGAAGUCUAAUGUCCGGUGAACUUUCCGAUUUAGAUUUAGAUAAAAAAAGGCAUGUGGAGCUGAAGAUGGAYCAGGCUUUGCUACUCAUCCAUAAUGAACGGCUGGGAACAAACUUGACUGUUUCCUGGAAAUCGGAACGCUGUUACUGUUGCUUGUUUCAGUUUCUGGUAAAUGUUUCUCAGAGUGGGGAACCUGGGAAGCCCAGCAUUGCAGCAGUCUCCGUCAGCACCCAACACAGAUCUGUUCUACAAAUUAAUGAUACCCUGGAAGAGAAAGAAAUUUGUAGGCUGGAAUACAAAUUUGGAGAAUUUGGAAACUAUUCUGUCUUGGUAAAGGACACUUACAAUGGAGUCAGUGAAAUUGCGUGUGACCUAGUUGUUAAUAAGAAUCCAGUUGACAGUGACCUUCCUGUGACUAUUGCSUUCCUUAUUGGUCUGUCCCUCGUCAUUGCAAUAUCCUUCCUAAGGCUGUUGCUGAGUUUGGAUGACUUCAGUAAUUGGAUUUCUAAGGCAAUAAAUUCUCGAGAAACUGAUCGCCUCAUCAAUUCUGAGCUGGGGUCCCCAAGCAGGGCAGACCCUCUUAGUGGUGAUAUCCAACCAGAAAUGUGGCGCCAGGUGGGCUCGCCAUACCGUCUCCGUUGUGUGGACACAUUCAGGGGGCUAGCUCUCAUACUCAUGGUUUUUGUUAAUUAUGGAGGAGGAAAAUAUUGGUACUUCAAACAUUCGAGUUGGAAUGGACUGACAGUGGCUGACCUUGUGUUCCCAUGGUUUGUAUUUAUCAUGGGAUCUUCAAUUUUUCUAUCAAUGACUUCUAUACUGCAGCGAGGAUGUUCAAAAUUCAAAUUGCUGGGGAAAAUUGCAUGGAGGAGUUUCCUGUUAAUCUGUAUAGGAAUUUUCAUCGUGAAUCCCAAUUAUUGUCUUGGUCCAUUGUCUUGGGAUAAGGUGCGAAUUCCUGGUGUCCUGCAGAGGUUGGGAGUAACUUACUUUGUGGUUGCUGUGUUGGAGCUCCUCUUUGCUAAACCCAUGCUUGAAAAUUGUGUUUUGGAGAGAAGCUGCCCUUUUCUUCGAGAUAUCACUGACAGCUGGCCCCAGUGGCUCUUCAUUCUGAUUCUGGAAAGCAUUUGGCUGGGCUUAACGUUCUUAUUACCAGUUCCUGGGUGCCCUACUGGAUAUCUUGGCCCUGGUGGUAUUGGAGAUUUUGGGAAAUAUCCAAAUUGUACAGGAGGAGCUGCUGGCUACAUUGAUCGCCUGCUUCUGGGAGAUGAUCAUCUUUACCAGCACCCUUCUUCUGCAGUCCUUUAUCACACCAAGGUGGCCUACGAUCCAGAAGGAAUCUUAGGAACCAUCAAUUCCAUUGUGAUGGCAUUUUUAGGAGUUCAGGCAGGAAAAAUACUAUUGUAUUACAAAGAUCAGACCAAAGACAUCCUCAUCCGAUUCACUGUCUGGUGUUUUAUUUUAGGGCUUAUUUCUGUUGCUUUGACAAAAGUUUCUGAAAACGAAGCCUUCAUUCCAAUCAACAAAAAUCUCUGGUCGAUUUCAUAUGUCACCACACUGAGCUCUUUUGCCUUCUUCAUCCUGCUGGUCCUAUACCCAGUUGUUGAUGUGAGAGGACUGUGGACAGGAGCCCCCUUCUUUUAUCCAGGAAUGAAUUCUAUUCUGGUAUAUGUUGGCCACGAGGUGUUUGAGGACUACUUCCCCUUUCAGUGGAAGCUGAAAGAUAAUCAGUCACACAAAGAACAUCUAACUCAGAACAUAGUCGCCACUGCUCUCUGGGUGCUCAUUGCCUACAUUCUCUAUAAAAAGAAGAUUUUUUGGAAAAUCUGAUAGCUCCCACUCAAGUGUGUUGUUGGAAGACUCUAGUGGGCCUAGGUAAAGUAUUGAAAGAACCUAUAUUGAGGGGAAUCAUCACUUAUAAAAACAGUGGGAUGUAUUUCCAGAUUUUGGGAGAAGGAGCUCAAGCUGGUUUACUCUGACAUGGGUCAUCAGAACUCUGUAUAUUUGUGACAUAUAUUUGGAAUGGUAUGGUCUAUCUUUUCUCCAUCUUCUACAUAAAUGAAUGCAUUUGGAACUUCAUUGUAAGGAAAUCUCACUUAACUUUCCAAAAGGGAUUUAUUAUGGGUAUUUUGCGUUUAUGAUGCAUAAAACAGUCUAAGGUUUGAGGGCUGGGGAUGUGGUUCAGUGGUGCUUGUCUAGCAUUUGUUAGGUGAGGUCCUGGGUUUGAUCCCCAUCACUGCAAAACAAACAAACAAAAGUAACAAUCUAAGGUUUGAUUCCUACUGACUUUUUUUCCCCCUGAAAAUUGCUUCUGCAUGUGUACAUGCAUGCCAACAACAACAAAAAUCAUGAUUUCUGACAUGAUAGAGUAUAAACUUUAUUGAAUGGAUGUGUCAUAAUGUUUUCUCAAUUUUUUGAUUUGGUUCAAUUUAAUGUUUUAGGAAAGCCAAAGUAAGUUUUUUUUUUUUCAGAUUAUCAAGGCUUUGAUGAGUCAAAAAAUACCUAUCAGAAGCCAUUUUCUCUUUUUCCCCCAUUUAAAAAAUAAAUUAAAAUAUAAAUGUAUUAUUCCCAASCAUCUUGAUUAUCUACCUGUUUAGUUUCCUAUUUACCUAUGUACUUAGCAUCUAUCCUUCUAUCUCCCUACCUAUCAUCUCCUGUUACCUACCUGAGUAUCUUUUUUUUUUUUUAUUGGUUGCUCAAAACAUUACAAUGCUCUUGACAUAUCAUAUUUCAUACAUUUGAUUCGAGUGGGUUAUGAACUCCCAUUUUUACCACGUGUACCUAAGUAUCAGGAAUGUACCUGUGGAAGAAAUGCACACUGCCUUCACUGUGAGUCCAGCUGUCCCUUCCUGCUGUAUAAGACACUGGGCAAGUCCCUUGGGCUAUCAGGGCUUUGUUUACCUAAUCURUGAUGAGGUAGGGUACAUCAAUAGCUUUUCUGAAAUCUUCAGAACAACAAUUUUGUUACAGAAAAUGCCUCAAAAGAAAUAAGAAUAAAAAUAUUUUUAAAAACUA